AUGGAGAGAGUGGAACUCUGCUUCCCACAGGUCAACACCUCUUGCAUGAAGGCACACCGCCCUCACUCGGAGUUCUAUGCCGCCGUGCUCUACGUGAUCUCCGUGCUCACUGCCGCCCUCAACCUGCUGGUCAUCGUCGCCAUUGCUCAUUUCAAGCAGCUUCACACCCCCACCAACUUCCUCCUCCUCUCGCUGGCCAUCUCAGAUUUUUUUGUGAGCAUCCUGCUGUUCUGCCAGAGUCUGUCCAUCGACGGCUGUUGGACCCUUGGCGACGCCAUGUGUGCUUUCCUUCUGGUCCUGGACUACUUUGUGAUGUCUGCCUCUGUGGGUAACAUGGUGCUCAUUUCCAUCGAUCGCAACAUGGCCAUUUGUGACCCUCUGCGCUACGCCACCAGAGUCACCCCUAAGAGGACCCAAAUGUGCGUUAGUCUGUGCUGGCUGUGUUCUCUCGUCUACCUCACACUGAUGUUCCGGAACAAACUGUUGCACCGGGGUUCUUCGGCAUCCUGCUACGGCGACUGCGUGUUUUCCAGCAGCUUCAUCGAACUGGCGGUGGACAUGGUGUUGACCUUCAUCGUCCCCAUCGCUGCCAUCAUGCUUCUGUACUUGAGAGUGUUUGUGGUGGCCUUGAUGCACCUUCGUGCUGUGCGCUCCCGCCAUGCCCAGCAGCGUGGCAUCCCGAGGAAAGAAAUUAAAGCGGCCUUGACGCUAGGUGUGGUGGUGGCGGCGUUCCUGGUGUGCCUCUGGCCGUAUAACAUUUACAUGAUGACGGGGUCCGACAGCGAUCACAAAGUUUCUUCUCAACCUUUCCUGGUCUGUUUGUUCUACUUGAACUCUUGCCUCAACCCGCUCAUCUACGCCUUCUUCUACCCCUGGUUCAGGAAAUCUGUCAAGAUCAUCGUCACGCUGCAGAUACUCAAACGCGGCUCCUCCAGUGCCAGGAUAACGCGUUAG